GGGCUCUGGCGCCCGCAGCCCCGCACGGCGCCCGGGGCUCGGCGGGGCGGGCGCUGCCGGCCGCGAUGCCCGGCGGGGCUGUGGGCUGAGGCGGCCGCCCGCCCGCCGCCAUGCCGGUGAAGAACCGGUACAACCUGGUGGACGAUGGCUGCGACUCCCGCGUCCCGCUGCACAACGAGGAGGCCUUUCAGCACGGCAUCCACUUCCAGGCCAAGUACAUCGGGAGCUUGGAUGUGCCCAGGCCCAACAGCCGUGUGGAGAUUGUGGCAGCCAUGAGAAGGAUCCGGUAUGAAUUCAAAGCCAAGAACAUUAAGAAGAAGAAGGUGAGCAUCAUCGUGUCUGUGGAUGGGGUGAAGGUGAUCCUACGCAAGAAGCAGAAGAGAAAGGAGUGGACGUGGGACGAGAGUAAGAUGGUGGUGAUGCACGAUCCYGUGUACAGAAUUUUCUAYGUCUCUCAUGAUUCACAAGACCUGAAAAUAUUCAGUUACAUCGCAAGGGAYGGAGCGAACAACUCCUUCAGGUGCAACGUCUUCAAAUCCAAGAAGAAGAGCCAGGCCAUGCGUGUGGUGCGCACCGUGGGACAGGCAUUCGAGGUGUGCCACAAGCUGAGCCUGCAGCACGCCCUGCAGAACGCCGACGGGCAGGCUGAUGGAGCCAGCGACAAAUCAGCUGAGGAGCAGCCGCUGGAAGUUCACCAGAUAAAGGGCUCCAAGAUCACGGACGUGGAUGAGGUUGGCAUUGAUGCUGGUGGCAUCUGUGUGUCCGAGAGGGGACCCAGAGAGCUGCCAGGUGCCAGGGGGGACUUCGGCAUGCUGAAAGCUGUGCAAGCCUCAAAGGAAAGGAACGGCCAGGAUGCUGAAAACUGCUCCCUGCACCUGGCCAGCUCCCAGCAGCUGCUCAGCCCGAGCAGCCCCUGCUCCUCGGCCUCCAUCACCCCUCUGGCCUCCCAGCACUGCCUCCAGCUGCUCCAGCAGCAGCUCCUCCAGCAGCAGCAGCAGACGCAGGUGGCUGUGGCCCAGGUGCAGCUGCUCAAGGACCAACUGGCGGCCGAGACAGCGGCGCGGAUCGAGGCGCAGGCCCGGGUGCGGCAGCUCCUGCUGACCAACCGCGACCUGCUGCAGCACGUCUCGCUGCUGGUGCGGCAGCUGACGGUGCUGGAGGCCCGCGAAGAGCACCGGGAUGAGCAUCGGCAGUCGGUUGACCRCUCCUUGCAAAACCUGUCCCUGGCCCAGUCCCUGUCCCUGAACCUGAAGAACCACUACAGCCUGGACGUCCACCUGCCGUCCACCUCCACGCCCGCCAGUGUCCUGGGCAGCCCCGUGGCGCCCGGCUCKCUGCCUUCCCUGGGCCCCAGGGACUCCUACCUCAACCUCGUCAGCCUGGACAGGGCCAGCCAGCGCUACGGCAGCAAGGAGGGGGACGAGAGCCUGGAGGGGCAGGACGGGCUCAGCCGGCGCGUGGAGGGCUCCGAGGUCAGCGACUCCGCUCUGCUCAAYGGGAGCGGCCGGCAGAAGGCGGACGACACGGACAGAGGGGACGAGGACAGGCGGCAGCCGCCCAUUCCCAAGCUCAACCCGCCACCACCCAUCCUACGCAAAAGGUCGAGCAAGACCUCCCCGAGCCUGGAAGUGGAGGUGAAGCCCGAGAGCGCUGCCCACCUGAGCCUGCCCAGUGCCAGCAUCUCCAGCCUCACCAGCAUCACUGCCAGCUCCUUCACCCUCUUGGACCCUGAGGCAAGGACUCCUGCACGGAGCGCUGCCUCCAGCACGGAGCCCGGCCCUGCCGGGACCUGCCAGCGCUCUCUGGGCAAGGACAGGACUGGAGAGAGCGGGCCAAUGUCCCCCCUGGCCAGCAUCCAUGACCCAGCAGCCAGCGAGGCCCUGGCCAAGGAGYUGGUGGCCCUGGGCAGCCCCACGGACAGCUCACUGCCCUUCUCCCCUGCGGACGACACCUGCUUGCACAUCAGCUUCUCCGAAGAUGAGCUGGACACUGCCCUGGGGCCCAGCAGGGUCCCCUCGUAGUGGGGCACAGUAGGUGGCAGCUGUGGCUGGCAGCCCCAGAAAUCCAUCACAGCCCUGCACUGGGACUGGGGGUCCCUGUGCCCAGACAAGCAGACAGACAGGUCCCUUUCCUGUCCCUGCCCAAUGGAACAGUUC